AUGCUAAGAAAAUACUAUAAACCCUAAACUGAAAUAAAUGUUAAUGAAAUGGACUUGGAAAAGGUAUAUAAUUUUUAGCAAAUGAAUUGUAAAUGUUGAUUUCAUCAUUAAAGUUAAUAUAAUCAACCUAAAUUUUCCAAAAUAUCGUCCAUAUGACCAGAAGAGAGGGAACUAAAAUUACGUUCCCUCAACAUUAUAAAAACAGGAAUAAAUAUAAUCACAAAGAAAUAAUAUCAAUGAAUAAUAUGAUAUUUCCAGAAAUCUUGUUGUAUAAUAAUAAGUAAAAAUAUCAAUGUUAUCUAAAUAAAGAAUUAAAACAGCAUUAAAGGCUCUUAAUCCAACAGAAUCCAUCAUAAGUCAGGUAGAAUCACUUUCAAACAGACCUAUUUGAAAUCAGAACCCAAUUAGCAAAAUUAAUAGAAUUUAAUUUAAAACACACUCUCUUAAGGAGUAGUCAGUAAAUAAAUUCGUUAAGAUUAUCAAAUGGCUUUAAUAGAGAAUAAGGAUUUAGAAGUUGGUUUUCAUUAAAGUCCUAGAUAAUAGCAUAUCCAAUAACGAAUUCAUCAAUCUGAUAACUAGAAUAUAAAUAAGCAUCAUGAUAAACAGUAAAAAAAUCAGUAUAAUGAACACCUGAAUAAAAAUUAGCAAUCUGAUAACCUAUAGAAAAAUUAGCAAUCUAAUAAACAGUUUAAGAAUUAACAAAAUGAUAAGAAUUCUAAAAAUAAGCAACCUGAUAACCAGUAUCAAGUUCAAAAACAAGAUCACUAGCCUAUAAAUUAGAAACAAAGACAUCUUAUUGUAAGUAAUCAAUCUAAAUUCUUAUAAAAAAUUCAGCCAUAGAAUCACCUCUAGAAAAAUCUGUAAAUUGAUAAUCUGUAGAAAAAUCAGCAAAAUGAUCUGUAGAAAAAUUAGAAAUAUGAUAACCUCAAUAUAAAUUAGCAAUCUGAUAACUAUUUUGAAAAUUACUAAUCUGAUAAUCAGUCUCAAAUUGAGCAAUAAAUUCUCCAGUAUAAAAAUUAGUUAUAUGAUCACUUGAAUAAGAAUUAGGAACUUGCUAAUCAAUAUCAAAAUUAACAAUUUGAUAACCAGUUUAAAAAUUAACAAUACGAUAGAAAUAUGAAAUCUGCUACCUUGUUAAAAUAUUAGUCGCAUGAUAACUUGCCACGGCCUUCAGAAAUCAUGGAUCCUUAAAAUGAAAUAAGUAAGGGUAAAGGAGGACGCAAUUUUUAUAAAAUCAAAUCUGUAGAGCAAAUUUAUAAAUCCAAAUCUCAGAAUAAUAGUGAAUCAAUGGCUGACCGAAUGAAUAUUCAUUACAAUCAUGAAAAAUACAAGCUCCUUUUUCCAGAAAGUAAAUUUUAUGAAUCUCUAAUUUAUAGAAAGCGAAAUAGUCGUACCUAAAACAGCCUAACAGGAUAGCUAUGCUUUAGAAANUGUUGAUUUCAUCAUUAAAGUUAAUAUAAUCAACCUAAAUUUUCCAAAAUAUCGUCCAUAUGACCAGAAGAGAGGGAACUAAAAUUACGUUCCCUCAACAUUAUAAAAACAGGAAUAAAUAUAAUCACAAAGAAAUAAUAUCAAUGAAUAAUAUGAUAUUUCCAGAAAUCUUGUUGUAUAAUAAUAAGUAAAAAUAUCAAUGUUAUCUAAAUAAAGAAUUAAAACAGCAUUAAAGGCUCUUAAUCCAACAGAAUCCAUCAUAAGUCAGGUAGAAUCACUUUCAAACAGACCUAUUUGAAAUCAGAACCCAAUUAGCAAAAUUAAUAGAAUUUAAUUUAAAACACACUCUCUUAAGGAGUAGUCAGUAAAUAAAUUCGUUAAGAUUAUCAAAUGGCUUUAAUAGAGAAUAAGGAUUUAGAAGUUGGUUUUCAUUAAAGUCCUAGAUAAUAGCAUAUCCAAUAACGAAUUCAUCAAUCUGAUAACUAGAAUAUAAAUAAGCAUCAUGAUAAACAGUAAAAAAAUCAGUAUAAUGAACACCUGAAUAAAAAUUAGCAAUCUGAUAACCUAUAGAAAAAUUAGCAAUCUAAUAAACAGUUUAAGAAUUAACAAAAUGAUAAGAAUUCUAAAAAUAAGCAACCUGAUAACCAGUAUCAAGUUCAAAAACAAGAUCACUAGCCUAUAAAUUAGAAACAAAGACAUCUUAUUGUAAGUAAUCAAUCUAAAUUCUUAUAAAAAAUUCAGCCAUAGAAUCACCUCUAGAAAAAUCUGUAAAUUGAUAAUCUGUAGAAAAAUCAGCAAAAUGAUCUGUAGAAAAAUUAGAAAUAUGAUAACCUCAAUAUAAAUUAGCAAUCUGAUAACUAUUUUGAAAAUUACUAAUCUGAUAAUCAGUCUCAAAUUGAGCAAUAAAUUCUCCAGUAUAAAAAUUAGUUAUAUGAUCACUUGAAUAAGAAUUAGGAACUUGCUAAUCAAUAUCAAAAUUAACAAUUUGAUAACCAGUUUAAAAAUUAACAAUACGAUAGAAAUAUGAAAUCUGCUACCUUGUUAAAAUAUUAGUCGCAUGAUAACUUGCCACGGCCUUCAGAAAUCAUGGAUCCUUAAAAUGAAAUAAGUAAGGGUAAAGGAGGACGCAAUUUUUAUAAAAUCAAAUCUGUAGAGCAAAUUUAUAAAUCCAAAUCUCAGAAUAAUAGUGAAUCAAUGGCUGACCGAAUGAAUAUUCAUUACAAUCAUGAAAAAUACAAGCUCCUUUUUCCAGAAAGUAAAUUUUAUGAAUCUCUAAUUUAUAGAAAGCGAAAUAGUCGUACCUAAAACAGCCUAACAGGAUAGCUAUGCUUUAGAAAAAAAAUAUCAAGCAAUUAAGCAAAUUAGAGAAGAUGUAGAAGAUGACAAUUUGAGUGAGAAUUAAGAUGGAAUUCAUCAAACUUUAGUAUAAACCAAAUAUUAACCAUGUUCUCAUUGUAUGUAACAAUAGGACUAGGAAUUAAUUUAGUUGAAUUGCAAUCACAAUUAUCAUAGUUAUUGUUUAUUUGAAAUCAUUUCUAUUAGUGUACGAACAGGGAAUCCUUUAUUUUUUUGCAAAUGUUUAAAGAAAAUUCCUUAAAAGUAGGUUCUUAAUAUAUUAAAGAAUAACAAAUAAAUAUAAGAUAAUUUAUUUAAAAAUCAACUUAAAAGUUUGAUAAAAACAUUUUCCGAGAACACAAAAAACACUAAUAUUGUGUAUGAUUAAAAUCCUUAGAUCAUUGUAAAAUAAGGCAUAAAUGUAAAGAGAUGA